AUGCCGAAGCGCAGACGAGAACGCGAUCGACCCAAAGCCGGCCCAGAGUCUGCAUACAAUCCAAAUAAGCGGGUCUUGUUGAGCUACGGGUCGGACGAUGAUGAGCCUGAGGAAAUCACCGAGCACCAGGAUGUCGCUGUUCAGGCAGAGCUCGAAGGUCGCAACAUCGCCAACUAUCAGAUGACAGAAUACCCAGACAGCGAUAGCGAAGUCGGGCUCGGCGCGCAGCCAGAAGGCACAGAGCAGACGGAGACACAUCUCGCGACGGCAGAGGCAGCAGAAGGCGAAGCUGUAGGGGAGGAAGAAGAAACUCCAUCACGACCAUCCGAAGGUUGGCGGAACGAUGCGCGCAAGAACCACGAGACGAAUCAAUAUACGGCAGUCGGGAUGGAGAACGAAGAUGACGGCUAUGAUAGCACAACAGAAGAAGCCAUGGCGUAUCUCCGUACCGUUAAGAACGAGCGGCAGGCUAUACCCGAGAUUCUCUCUGCCUCACAUCCAGACAUCACUCAGCUUGACGAAGCUCAGCACGAACCAGAAGAGGAAACUGAUGAAGAUGGGUAUAUGGUCGAAGAUGGCACGUACAUCGGCCGGCCUGUCGCGCCUGUGGCUACUGCAGAAGACGACACCUUAGACCCACAAAGAGCGUUCACGGAAUCGCUCAAGGACAGAUUCUACAUUCAACGCGACCAGCUACACAUUCUCCCCUCAGCAGAAAAGGUUGCAGCACUUGGCGAGCAUCACCCAAUCUCUUUCCCGCAAGGUAACAACAAAGCUUACGCCGAAUGGCAUCGUCUGCUGAGCUCGAAACCACCGAAAGCCGCGCAACUACAAUCCCUUGACCAAGAUUCCGUCUUCAACCUUCUGGCUCUGCUGCAGAAAACGUAUUUGAUCAAGGGAAGGAAUCUGAGAAACGUCACCAGUGCUUGGGUUUGGUCACUUCUCGCAAGGCUGGACGAUGUCGGCAGCAUGAGCAAUGAUCAAGUAUACCCUUUGCGUGAGUUGGGCAAAAAAGCCAUUUUCUUGCAACUACACUUCAGCAAUCCUGAAGCCGCGGCUCAGCUUGAGACUUUGCAGCAAGGUGAGGCUGUUGGUAAUGAAGCCAACGGCAGCGCAGAGAUUUCGACCGAGUACGACACCGAUGGAGUUGCUAUCAAGGCUACAGCACAGUCAUCCUCCUCACAUUCGGACCAGCCCAGGAGGUUUCACGCCGUUGCCUCGGAGAACACGCUGGCCACACUUGAUAUGAUUCUGGUUGUUAUAGGUGAUAUCUUCGGCCAGCGUGAUUUGCUCGAAUUCCGACAACCUUGGUCGAAAGCUGCUCCAGCUGAAGAAGCUGUGGCAGACUGA